AUGGUACUCACAAUGGAUUCUUGGUUUGCCCUGAGAAUGUUUAACGUCCCUCAGCGCCUGGGCCUCUCAGAAAACGCCAAGGUGAUGCUGCAGGCUCUCGAAGACCACAAGUGCAGAUCCCUCGAGGAGGCUGAGAUCGGCCGCAUGCUGCGUCUGAGCCCUGGCAGACGCCUGUCUAUGAUCGAAACCAUCCGGAAGUGCACCACCAUGAUGGCGAAGAAGCAAGAGGAAGUUGCCGUCUGUGUCUUGGUCAUUCAGAUGUGCACCGAGGUCUUGGAGAUUGCCAAUCGCCCUCCUUCCAACACUCAGUUCCCCUUCAUGAAGCUGCCCCGCGAGAUUCGAGCCCGUGUGUUGGGCAUGAUCAUCGACGCCGGUCCCAAGAGCUGUCGUCUGCCCCCGGUUAAGCGUUCUCAGCAGUAUCACCCAUGCAACUGUGCCAACCCGGAGAGGCGCCAUGUGGAAUUCCUGACGCCCAAGCAGUGGGCAACGUAUAAGAUUCUCGGCAAAGCGCUGCGUGAAGAGUUCUAUCCUAUCUUUUACGAGCGACAGACCCAAUACUUCACUUGCUGCUGCGAUCUUCUCAGCCAGCUUCAAGCCAACCGGUGCCUUCGAGACUACCUGCACAAGGCUGAGAUUCACUGGUGCGGUCCCAAAUCUGACAAAGCGUUCAAGGAGUUGGCAAAGUGCCCCAACCUCACGGAGUUGACCAUCAAGCUCUCCAAGGGUACCACUGCCAUCCUCAAUGACCGCGAGGAGAAGCUCCAACCUUUAUUCCCCCUCAAUUACAGGAGCAGGAGGAUCACUGACAGCCUUGGAGCCGACGAGCUCUUUGCCAUUCGAGGUGUCAAGGUGGUGGAUGUCCAGCAUGUCCAAUCGGCUCAGAAGCUUCAGCUGAACGACUUUGAACGCCAGGGUCUACACUCAGCCCUGGAGGUCACCGUCUUGCACCCCAGGCAGUGUAUCCACGAGAGCUUUCGACCGCUCCCUUCCUACUAAGCAGAAGCAUUCGGCAGAAUGACAUUCCAGCCUACCAUCCAGGUUCCCGAUUUGUCAACUAUGUUGACGAUGAAUGGGGGUGAAAGGUUGAGUACGGAACAAGACUGAGGCCAGCAGAAGAGGCUGGCCGGCAGUCUCUGCUUUGAUGCGGAACAAAUUGAGGAACAAGACUCUAAUUGGCAGCCGACAGCAUGCGGGCCACUACUUUGAUUCGAAACUGGGGUAUAGGAGUUUAUAGGCUUGAUUUUGAGGACUUUGCUAGCCGUCCCCUUC